CUCAACUCAGUCAGCUGCCUCCACGACCACGAGCGGAAACAGACCGAGUAAUGGCUUCUCCCUCCACGGCCUUCUUGGCCCUUGCCAUCGCUUUGCUGUGUGCGGCCACCACGGCGAACGCGAGGUUCACGGCGAUGCAGUGGACUCCGGCGCACGCCACGUUCUACGGCGACGAGACAGCAGCGGAGACCAUGGGUGGGGCGUGUGGGUACGGCAACCUGUACGCGACCGGGUACGGCACGGACACGGCGGCGCUGAGCACGACGCUGUUCAAGGACGGGUACGGGUGCGGGACGUGCUACCAGAUCCGGUGCACGGGCUCCCCCUGGUGCUACAGCGGCUCGCCGGUGAUCACGGUGACGGCCACCAAUCUGUGCCCGCCCAACUGGGCGCAGGACUCCAACAACGGCGGGUGGUGCAACCCGCCGCGCACCCACUUCGACCUCUCCAAGCCGGCGUUCAUGAGGAUGGCGCAGUGGCGCGCGGGCAUCGUGCCCGUCAUGUACCGCCGCGUGCCGUGCGUCCGGAGGGGCGGCCUGCGGUUCGCGCUCCAGGGGAACCCCUACUGGCUGCUGGCGUACGUCAUGAACGUGGGCGGCGCCGGCGACGUCGUGGAGAUGUGGGUCAGGAGCGGCGGCGCCGGCGCGUGGACGCGGAUGAGCCAUAACUGGGGCGCCGCGUACCAGGCGUUCGCGCAGCUCGGCGGCCGAGCGCUCAGCUUCAAGGUCACCUCCUACACCACCCGCCAGACCAUCGUCGCCACCAACGUCGCGCCGGCCAACUGGUGCCUGGGGCUCACGUACCAGGCCCGCGUGAACUUUUCCUGAGGUAGCCCAACACGCAACCGAUCACGCCGUUUUGCGCACACAAGCUGCAGGGGCUGUCAACGCUCAGCUCUGCUUUCGUAGUUUUAUUUCAAACAUACACCUAGGAGGCUAGGGCGUGCUUUCGUUGUUCCAUUUCAACCGAAGAGUUAGCACUGGUUGUUGCGCGUUGCCCCUCUCCCCCCAUCCACGAGGAGCAGAGGGUUUGACGCGAGCAUUGUCAAUGUAAAAUUGCAAACUGAGCUUUACGUUUAAAAGCACCAUGAGAAUUUGUUGUCAAAUUAUAAACCGGACAACUGUCUUGGACUGUCA